AUGUUAUCACCACAAAAAAGCCUUCUUUCCGAGGAGGUGCGUCCGAGUCAGCAAAACCCUACCACUACAACUUCAAACGAAGAGGGACAUGAUGAAAAAAGUAACAAAAGAAACACUACAAGGAAUAAUGGAGAUGUUUCCAGUCAGUUCGGAACAACUGGAAAUAAUAAUGCAACUCCCGAAAUAUCUUUGACGACUACAUCAUCAGCACACGCCAAUGAGAAUAAUGUAAAUAAUAAUUAUUAUAAUAACAAUUCAUUGAAUGAAGGAGAGGAACAAUCAUCACACCAUCGGAAAGGUGAAACAUCAAAAGCCUCACCUUCCACAAUAACACAUCAUCACCAGCAUCAUCAUCUUCUUACCGGAAAGACUAGCAAAGCAAAAGAAGCUAUUUCAAAGCACUUGAAUCAAGGCAGGCGACCCUCCUUUAAAUCUCCUAAUAUUGCCAUUACUAAAGACGACAACAAAGAUGUUGGUGCAAUGUAUAUGUCGCCGCUAACCUCCCAUACUUUUCCCUAUUUAUUUACUACUCCAGAUACCUUUGUGAGUGAACAUAUAAGAGCAAGUGGUGCUGAGGAUUUCAAACGUAGUGUUGAAGAGGAGGCGUCAAGUAGUGACGACGAAACAAAAUCGGAUGUGGAAAAACGAGAUUCUAUUGAAUUGCCUAAAGAUGACAAUGAACGAUUGUUGACAGAAGAAGAAACCCCUUCCACCAUUACUGAAAAGCCAGAGGAGCCUAGGGAGAGUUUAGUAUCCGAAGCCUCCUCGCAAAAAUCCGAGGUGGGAGGCAAUAUUCGAGAUAUUUUAAAAGGAAAGUUGAGCUUUGAAGAAUAUGGUAAACAUUUCUUCAUCAUAGGACUAGGCUUUAACUGCUACAGAUUUGAUAGUGUUAAAGAUAUGCUCAGGCAUAUUUCUAAGGAAGAUAAGGAUGACGAAGCAUUUUGGAUUGAUUGUCAACAGUGUUCUCCUGAAGAAGUGAACGAGUUGCAAAAGUAUUUUGGAUUCCAUCCUUUGACUGCCGAAGAUUGCAUUAACAAUGAUUCGGGUGAAAAAUGGGAAGUGUUUGAUAAUUAUUUAUUCUUUUCAAUUACUGGACAGAUUGCAGAUAAGGUAGCCAUGAAUGAAUAUUUGCCAUGCUAUUUGAACAUUUUAAUUUUUGACAGGUGCAUUUUGACAAUUCAUGACAAGCCCAUUGAGGGAAUGGAUUUAUUAAUGAACAGAAUUGAAAAGGAGUUUGAAUUUGAUCAACACUAUAAUCAAAAGAUUCGGGCCAAGCAUAGUUUCAGAGAACAACAGGAAGUAAUCGAAGAAAUUCACUCAAUUCUUGAAAAUACGGCAGAAAAGCAAGCCCAACCUUUAUCAAAACCUGGAGGUGGUGAGAGCCCGUUGAGAUUGAGAAAAGGACGAACCAAAAAGAGUACCUACAUUAUUUCUCCCUCGUGGGUUUUUUAUGCAUAUUUGGAUGCCAUUAUUGAUGUCUAUAUUCCAAAGGUAGACGACUUAACUCGUGAAUGUGACACAUUGGACGAGUUUACUGUGUCUCUAAACACUUCAGAGAAGGAGGAUUUGUUGUGGAGAAUUGCUCUGAACAAGCGUAGAACUGUUGUAUUGAGAAAACUUUUGCUUCCAAAGCAAAAGAUGAUUACAUACUUGGUUUCCCCAAGAGUAGAAGUGCCAUUUAUGGAUCGAGAAGUUCAAUUGUUUUUGAGAGACGUAUUGGACCACUUGAUUUAUUGCUGUGACAGACUUGAAAUGGCAAGGGAUUCCCUCAAUCAAUCUCACACCAACUAUCUAACACGAGUUCAAAUUGAAAUAGCUCAAAAUUCUCAGAAAACAGAUGCUUUUAUGAACAGAAUUACAGUAUUUGCAUCAAUUUUUGGUCCACUUUCUGUGCUGUCAGGAAUUUGGGGAAUGAACGUAAAGGUUCCUGGCCAAGAUCAAGAGGGAUUGUAUUGGUUUUUCGGAUUGUGUGCGUUCAUGGUCAUUAUUGCUCUAGUAAUUAUCGCUCUUCUCAGAAAGCAGCUUGUGAAUAUGUAUACAUAA